UUAUUACAAGAAUAUUCUAAGUCUUUCUUUGUUAAAAUAGAAAAUGGUUUUAUUUUUCUGUUAUUUCGUGUGCGUCGUAUGGUGUGUGUGUGUGUGUAUUUGUAAAGCGACGAAUAGAGCGAACGGAUUACAUACGUCUCUGUAGGUUGACGAGGUCGGCGAUCAUUGUGAAGCAACGAUAGUUACUCCACGUGGAGGCGAAUGACUACGACCGCGCACUCGUGGCCUUUCCAAGCGACGGCCUCUUAUGCUUGCGCCGCCGCUUGAUUGAAAAGCCACAAUGCGUCGCCUCACUGCAACGUUACCCGUGUCUCCUUUAUUGAACAAGAUUACUUAUUUUUACUGUCUAUAUAUACGUGGAGGUAACCGUCAAAAUGGCAAAAUUUUGUUUUUCGUUCAUGUGUUGUAGUCUUUGCUGAGAUACUACGUUAUUAAGUGUUGGACAAAAAUCAACGUAUAUUUUCAUAUAUAGUUUAAAACUGUAGUUAUUCAUAGUUCUACUUGACCUUCACAAUUAUUAAUUUGAGUUAGUUGGUUUUCUGGUAUCCGGAAAUCAAAUAACUUUGGCUACAGUCAGCACGUCAAGAAAUGGUCGGUUAUUUCAACGAAGCAACUAUGCCCGCAGCACAAGUUCAGUCUCCGGAAGAGACAUACUUGCCGAUCAAACGUGUAGUAUGUAGUCCCGAUUUGCCUAUACCGGGAUUUUUAGCUUCUCCAGAUCACGAAAAUGUUCAGUGUCAAAUUUGCGAUAAAGUGUUCAGUUCUAAAGUUGCGCUGCAAACACAUCAACGCACGCACUCUAAAGAAACCGAAGACCCGUACCGUUGCAACAUGUGUUCCAAAACAUUCGCAGUUCCUGCUAGACUUACUCGACAUUAUAGAACACAUACUGGCGAAAAACCCUUUAAAUGCGAGUUUUGCAAUAAGAGUUUCAGCGUAAAAGAGAAUCUCAGCGUCCAUCGGCGAAUCCAUACCAAAGAACGUCCUUACAAGUGCGAUGUGUGCUCACGGGCGUUUGAACAUUCUGGUAAGCUGCAUCGCCAUAUGCGCAUUCAUACGGGUGAGCGUCCACACAAAUGUACCAUUUGCUCGAAGACGUUCAUUCAAUCAGGACAAUUAGUUAUACAUAUGCGAACACACACGGGAGAAAAACCGUAUGUCUGUACUGUCUGCCAAAAAGGGUUUACUUGCAGUAAGCAAUUGAAAGUGCACUCUCGCACUCAUACAGGCGAAAAACCGUACUCGUGCGAAAUCUGCGGAAAAUCGUUUGGAUACAACCAUGUUUUGAAAUUACAUCAAGUAGCGCAUUACGGAGAAAAAGUUUACAAGUGCACUAUUUGUAACGAAACAUUUAACUCGAAGAAGUGUAUGGAAGCACACAUAAAAAGUCAUUCAGAAAGUGCUCCGUCCGCAUCUCCGACGUCCAGCAUUCCUAGCGAGUCUUCGUGCUCGUCACUUAGCGAUAAAGAAAACAAAGAUAUUCCUCUAGAGUUAGUUACUUCUCAUCGAGAACAAAGCGUAGUAUAUGAUCCCGAUAUUCGUUACUAUUUUUAUCCAAAGGAGAAAGGUCGACUGUCCCCAGUGUCGUUAUCCUACGUACAUCCAUCGGUGAUUUAUCCAUCUGGUGUUGAGUUGUUGGCGGUAGCAGCUACAGAACGUAUUCACAGCGAGCAAAUGCUUCGACGAGCAUCUCCUAAUACCGUGCUAAACUUGAUUUCCGAGGAAUCUUCCGAUGUAUUAGCCGCUUUGAGACAUCCCGUCUAUUUUCCUAAUAAUAUGCAACAUAAUACAUUCUUAAAUGCUGGAGACGAUAUUCGUAGGCGUGUGGAGGCAGCGCUUGCCGUUACCGAAAUCCCAUCUGAAGAAGAAUCAAUUUCAGCGACUAGUUCAGAACCUGUAUCGCCCGCACCAUCCGUGUCUCCCGAUAGGGAAUUAAGUUUACCACCUCGAAAACGAUCUAAAAUGAUCUUAAAAUCGAUGGAAACUAUUAAUUCAUCCCCAGUGCGAUUAAGUUCUGUUAUUCAGUACGCAAGAGCAUCAUAACACCUUUAUUUGGGUUUAGCUUAAAAACGCAUAAUCGACUAUACUAUAAUUGUAUUUGUACUAUUACUGUAUUAAGAAACUCAUUCAGUGACUUGCUAUGAUCGCUAGUAUUCGUUUUAGCAUUAAUUGUCAAAUACAGAAUCAACCUUUGGUUUUGUGUGAUAAACAUUAUGAAAAUCAAACACGUGUACCUCACUACAGUGCCUAGGGUGAAAUCCUUCGCAAUACUCGAAUGCACUGAACUGCCAGGUGGUGCCAUGUAUAGCACCUGUUGUACUUUUAGGUUACAAAUAGAACACUUAAUUGGUUUGUUUGUGAUGUGUUUUUAGGAAACUGUUUAAACCUCUUGUUUUUUAGGACUAUAUUAAAAAGUCUGAUCCCACUAUUGUAAGUGGCAUAUACAUUUGGUUUAAGUAACGUAUACAAUAAGCUAAGUGUAUGGUACAAAAUAAAAGAAUUUA